AUGGGAGUCAGGUUCAGAUUACUGCCCCAGUUUGUGUCCAGAACGGCGCAGAUACCUGGCGGUUCCCAGACGUUUUGGUGCAUGUCCUUUAAUAAACUGGGCCUAUUUCAGUGGACAGAGUAUAAGAAAAUCGUGUAUCUAGAUGCGGAUAUGAUAUUUUUGAAGAAUGUCGACUACUUGUUGUACUACCCGAUGUUUACAGGGUCUAUGACACAGUGCUGCGACCGGCACGAGAACAUGAAGCCCAGCGGUGGUCUGUGGAUUAUAGAGCCAUCAUACAACCUAUACGAUUUGGCCAGGGUAUUCACCAAUGAGCACGACAUGAGCCAUGACGACGGGUACAACACGGGCUCAUCCGAAUGGAAGUUCAGUGACAUGCAGGUGAUAAGCAUGAUGUUUGGCAAGGGCAGGAAGGUGGACAGUCAGGCAGCACGCUCGUUGGUAUUCCCAGAGAGUGCCGAUUCGCGGCAGAAUAUACGAGCCCUCUUAGCGCUGUGGAGCGACGAGAGAGAAAAACGCGUGUCCAACUGGAGACCUCUAGACAAUGAUUUAGCGCUCGCAGGCCCGUGGGAUCUGACUACCAUGCCGCUGGAUGUGGAUGAGGAGUACUGGUACAGGGCCAGCACACACGACCGCAACCACUUUGACGAUAUCGCCGAUAGACUGCAGAUGCCGCAGGAGCGAGGGCGUGUGUGGCAUGCACUCAAUGAGUCGUACGACUGGGUGGCCAUGCAGUGUGCCUGCAUACCCUCACACGAUCGGGGUCAUGACUGGUUUAUCAGCGUACACCUGACAUGUCUUACGUUUAACAAACCGGGACAGUUCAGGACGCUGCCCGAGUUACGCUAUGCGGUAGCGGGAAACGAGACCAAAAUUCCCGAGUGUAUGAAGUAUUACCUGAAUAUGUGGCUGGACCUGUAUGAGCAGGGCAUGGGUAACUUGAAAAGGACCAUUUGGUGGCAGGAGGAAGACCCGGAGACUACCUACAAGGGCCCGUGGGAUUAGCUGGAUUUUGCACAACAACAGUGCAGCACUGUUGUAGUAUCAGUAUUCGAAUAUAGCAGAACGUCAGAACCACGCGGUUCAUUCAGGACAAGAUUGCAUUCGAUUUUGAAGUACGGUACUCAAAAAUAUAUAGUAUUUAGUAUAUGAAUACAUGUG